CUGCAGGUGAACAACAAUGAACUCUUCCUUCUAGAGGAGGCAAUAAGUGGAAAGAACAUAAUUAAUUGCGAUGUUCCAGUCUGUGACUAUCAACCCUGCAGAAAUGGUGCUACUUGUGUCAGUGAUUCUGAAGGCUGGUUCUGUGAAUGCCCUAAGCCCUACAGAGGAAAACUCUGUCAGGUCUCUGGAUGCCAGGUGAGCCCGUGUAUGAACGGUGCGAGCUGCGUACCAAAAGCCACUGGAGAUCCCGUCUGUAUUUGUCCCUAUGGAAGAGCUGGAGUCCUCUGUGAGGAAGCUGUGAACAUCACAUACCCGCACUUCAGUGGCACUGAUGAGUUCGGUUUUACCUCCUUCUUGGCUUAUCCAACGAUCCAGAAUAUCAGCUCCUUCUAUGAAUUCAGACUGAAAUUUACUCUGGCUGAUCCGGACCUGGCUACUAAGGACAACCUCAUCUUCUUUACUGGGCAGAAGGGUCAAGGUAGGCCUGAGCUAAGUCCACUUUGCUGAAGUGUUUUCCUCCAGAAAGGU